AUGUCUUCUGCAACAAUACUUUCUUUCCUUCUCUUCACUUUUACAUUCCUUUUAUUCAAACUUUUCUUGCAUCCAAAACAAAAUACCUUAAAUCAUAAGAAGCCACCAGGUCCACCAACACUACCUAUAAUCGGGAACCUUCACAUGUUAGGCAAGCUUCCACAUCGAGCACUUGAAACACUCUCUAAAAAAUAUGGCCCAAUCAUGUCUUUACAACUAGGGUUUGCUUUUUCUGAGUAUGGUCCUUAUUGGCGUAGUGUAAGAAAACUUUGCACUUUGAAACUUCUUAGUGCUUCUAAAGUUGAGAUGUUUGCUCCUAUUAGAAAAGAUGAGUUGGAUGUUUUGGUAAAAUCUUUAAAGAAAGCUGCUUUGGAGGGUGAGGCUGUGAAUGUUAGUGAUGUUGUAGAGACUUUGAUUGAAGAUAUAGUGUAUAAGAUGAUAUUGGGUAGGAGUAAAUAUCAACAGUUUGACUUGAAGAGGAUUGUUAGACAAGCAAUGAUUUUAUUUGGAGCUUUCAAUCUUGCUGAUUAUGUUACUUGGAUGGGCCAUUUUGAUAUUCAGGGAAUUACACGAGCUUGCAAGAAAACAAGUAAAGAACUAGAUGAAGUGUUGGAGGUGAUAGUAACCGACCAUGAACAAGCUAUUAAUGUAGACACCCCUCAUCAUGAAGAAGAUUUUGUAGACACGCUUCUUUCAACUAUGCAUCAAACUGUGGAUUUAGAAAAUGAACAAAAUAAUGUUAUCAAUCGUACUAACAUCAAGGCAGCAUUACUAGACUUGAUAUUAGCUGGAAUUGAUACAUCGGCUUCCGUAGUUGAGUGGGCGUUAUCUGAACUUUUAAGGAAUUCAAGAGUGAUGAAAAAUCUUCAAGAUGAAAUACAAAAUGAAAUAGGGUGUAUGAGAAUGGUUGAAGAGAAAGAUUUGAAGAAGUUAAGUUACUUAGAUAUGGUGGUCGAUGAGAUAUUAAGACUUUAUCCCGUUGGACCUUUACUACUCCCUCGUGAAUGUAGAGAGAAUAUAAUAAUUGAUGGUUAUUUUAUUGAGAAAAAAUCGCGUGUUAUUGUAAAUGCAUGGGCAAUAGGGAGAGAUCCUGAUGUUUGGUCACAAAACGCAGAAGAAUUCUACCCUGAAAGAUUUAUUGACAAGAAAAUGAAUUUUCAUGGACAAGAGUUUGAGUGUAUACCAUUCGGUUCUGGUCGGAGACGUUGUCCAGGAAUUCAUUUUGGUUUGAUUACGGUAAAAUUGGUUAUAGCUCAAUUGGUGCAUUGUUUUAAUUGGGAACUUCCACAUGAUAUUACACCUUCAAAUUUGAACAUGGAAGAGAAAUUUGGACUCACUAUACCUAGAGCUCACCACCUGUACGCAAUACCCCAUUAUCGUUUAGUAAUUAAUUAG